AUGGCUUUCUCGUCGUACAUGGGCAGCACCCGCCGGGGAGGGUGGGCCAACUCCCUCCUCCCCUCCUCUUCCAACCCCAAAUCCAAGCUCACCAGAAAGCCCCGCAGGCGAUUGCCUCUCCGAGACUUCAUCUUCGCCAACUUCUUCACCAUCGGCCUCUCGAUCUCCCUCUUCUUUUUCUUCGUCGUCAUCCUCCGUUACGGCGUUCCCAGCCCCCUCUCCUCCCACUUCAAAUCCAAAUCCUCCAUCCGUUUCCCCAAGCCCCGAAAGUCCGCUUCCCGCAAACCAGUUUCGGCCGGCGAUUCGGGCAGCGACGCCGCGGUAGGGGCCACCGUCGACAUCACGACCAAGGAGCUGUACGACAAGAUUGAGUUCUCGGAUGUGGACGGUGGGCCCUGGAAGCAGGGGUGGAGGGUGAGUUACAAAGGGGACGAGUGGGACUCUGAGAAAUUGAAGGUGAUUGUGGUGCCCCAUUCGCAUAACGAUCCUGGCUGGAAGCUCACUGUCGAAGAGUACUAUGAGAGGCAGUCCAAGCAUAUACUGGACACCAUUGUCGACACGCUUUCGAAGGAUAUCCGGCGCAAGUUUAUAUGGGAAGAGAUGUCUUAUCUGGAAAGAUGGUGGAGGGACUCCUCUGACCUCAAAAGGGAAUCAUUCACCAAUUUGGUGAAGAAUGGUCAGCUGGAAAUUGUUGGAGGUGGCUGGGUAAUGAACGAUGAGGCUAAUUCACAUUAUUAUGCCAUCAUUGAGCAGAUGACAGAAGGAAAUAUGUGGUUGAAUGACACCGUGGGGGUUAUUCCUAAAAAUGCUUGGGCGAUUGAUCCAUUUGGUUACUCACCUACCAUGGCAUAUCUUCUCCGCCGUAUGGGUUUUGAAAAUAUGCUUAUUCAGAGGACUCAUUAUGAGCUGAAGAAGGAACUUGCACUGCAUAAAAAUUUGGAGUAUAUAUGGCGGCAGAGCUGGGAUGUGGAUGAAACUACUGAUAUUUUUGUCCACAUGAUGCCCUUUUAUUCUUAUGAUAUUCCACAUACUUGUGGUCCAGAGCCUGCUAUUUGUUGUCAGUUCGACUUUGCUCGAAUGCGUGGCUUCAUGUAUGAACUCUGUCCGUGGGGUGAGCAUCCAGUAGAGACAAACCAGGAAAAUGUUCAGGAGCGGGCACUAUUACUACUAGAUCAAUAUAGAAAGAAAUCAACACUGUACAGGACAAAUACACUUCUUAUUCCUCUUGGAGAUGAUUUCCGCUACAUAAGCAUUGAUGAAGCUGAAGCUCAGUUUAGGAAUUAUCAGAUGUUGUUUGAUUAUAUAAAUUCUAAUCCCAGUUUAAAUACAGAGGCCAAGUUUGGAACUCUAGAAGAUUACUUCUGGACCCUUCGUGAGGAGGCUGAAAGAAUAAAUCACUCACUACCUGGUGAGAUUGGUUCCGGUCAGGUUGGGGGUUUUCCUUCUUUGUCAGGUGACUUCUUUACUUAUGCUGAUAGGCAACAGGACUACUGGAGUGGCUAUUAUGUUUCGAGGCCUUUUUUCAAGGCUGUUGAUCGAGUACUAGAGCAAACACUUCGUACCACAGAUAUGAUGAUGGCUUUCCUGCUUGGGUACUGUCAGAGAGCACAAUGUGAAAAAUUGCCCAUGGGGUUCUCCUACAAGUUGGCCGCUGCUAGGAGGAACUUAGCUCUUUUUCAGCAUCAUGAUGGUGUAACUGGUACUGCUAAAGAUCAUGUGGUCCUGGACUAUGGGACUCGGAUGCACACUUCUUUGCAGGACUUGCAGAUUUUCAUGUCUAAAGCUAUUGAAGUACUGCUUGGAAUACGCCAUGAGAAAAAUGACAAUAACCCUUCUCCGUUUGAGCCAGAACAGGUGAGAUCUAAAUAUGAUGUUCAGCCAGUUCAUAGAGCAAUCAUGGCUCGUGAGGGAACUAAACAGUCAGUGGUGUUUUUCAAUCCUCUGGGGCAGACAAGAGAAGAGGUUGUGAUGCUUAUUGUUAACCGUCCAGAUGUAACUGUUCUUGACUCAAACUGGACAUGUGUUCAAAGCCAAAUAUCCCCUGAAUUGCAGCAUGAUAAAAGCAAAAUUUUCACUGGAAGGCAUCGUGUGUACUGGAAGGCUUCUGUUCCUGCUCUGGGCUUGCAAACAUAUUACAUUGCUAAUGGGUUUGUUGGAUGUGAAAAGGCCAAACCAGCAAAACUAAGAUUCUUCUCAAAGUCUAUGUCUAUAUCUUGCCCCACUCCAUAUGCUUGCUCAAAAGCAGAAGUUGAUGUGGCUGAAAUCCAGAACAGGCAUCAAAUACUCACCUUUGAUGUCAAUCAUGGUUUAUUGCAGAAAAUAAGCUAUAAAAAUGGUUCCCAAAAUGUUGUGGGUGAAGAAAUAGCUAUGUACUCUAGCUGGGGAAGUGGAGCCUACUUAUUUAAACCCAAUGGUGAUGCCCAGCCUAUCAUUGAAGCAGGUGGGCAGAUGGUGAUCUCUGAGGGUCCUUUGGUGCAAGAAGUAUAUUCUUAUCCAAAGACAGCAUGGGAGAAGAGCCCCAUUUCUCAUAGCACCCGUAUCUACAAUGGAGAGAAUACUGUACAGGAGUUUCUUAUUGAGAAGGAGUAUCAUGUUGAGCUUCUCAGCCAGGACUUCAAUGACAUGGAGUUGAUAGUUAGAUACAAAACAGAUAUUGAUAACAAAAGAAUAUUUUUUUCUGAUUUAAAUGGCUUUCAGAUGAGCCGGAGAGAAACCUAUGAUAAAAUCCCAACUCAGGGCAAUUAUUACCCUAUGCCUUCUCUUGCGUUCAUGCAAGGAUCCAAUGGUCAGAGGUUUUCAGUUCAUUCUAGGCAGUCAUUGGGUGUGGCCAGCCUUAAAAAUGGAUGGUUGGAGAUUAUGCUGGACCGUCGUUUGGUAAAAGAUGAUGGACGAGGUCUUGGACAAGGAGUGAUGGAUAACCGUGCAAUGAAUGUAGUCUUCCAGAUUGUUGUGGAGUCUAACAUUUCAGCCACAUCAAACCCAGUUUCCAACCCAUUGCCCUUAAGCCCCUCUCUUCUUUCUCAUCGUGUCAAUGCUCACCUGAACUAUCCAUUACAUGCAUUCAUUGCCAAGAAGCCAGAGGAGUUAUCAGUGCAGCCACCCCCAAGAUUUUUCUCCCCUUUAGCUGCUCCCUUACCUUGUGAUCUGCAUAUUGUAAGUUUUAAGGUUCCCCAACCUUUAAAAUACUCACAGCAGCCAAUCGGAGAUUCUAGGUUUGUCCUAAUUUUACAGAGACAGAAUUGGGACUCUUCAUAUUGUCGGAGGGGAAGAUCAGGGUGCACAAGAUUUGCUGAUGAGACGGUGAAUCUGUUUUACAUGUUUAAGGAGCUUUCAGUAUUGAAUGCAAGAGCCACUUCCUUAAAUCUUUUGCACGAAGACACAGAUAUGCUUGGGUAUACUGAGCAGUUUGGAGAUGUUGCUCAAGAUGGACGCGUUCUCAUCUCUCCAAUGGAAGUACAGGCUUACAAGUUAGAAUUGCGGCCUCACAAAUGA